AUACGAAUCGACGACGCGGCCACACCCGAAGUGGAAAAUAUUCAAGCCAAGCAAAGCAAAACAUUGAUUAACUCAAAAUAAAUAUCUGGAUCAGUCGAAUUUCUGGUUAAUUUUGUUCAAUAAGUCGUAAUUUUCGAAUGUCGCAUUGAAAAAAGGUGGUUAAAGUGCGUUUUACUUUAAUUCAAAGAAGAUUUUCUGGAAUAGAAGAAUCGAAUUGUCAAUUGAACAAUUUUGCGUCGACAAAUAUCAGUAGCCUGGACUGAGUGAAUAAAAUCAAAGCCAAAGUGAUCUGUUCCCAAAUUUCAGUCCCAAUUCAGAAGUCAUCAUUUCCCAUUCGAAGUGUCACUGUUCAAGACAGUGCAAAAUUCCAAUUCCAAAAAUGGCUGCCGUCUACUGCCAAAUCAAGGAUUUGACACUGCACGCACAUUCGUUCUACAUAAAUGCGCUGAUCAUUGCCAAAACGGAAAAGAGAGCCGUUCAACCGGGACGGAAUGUGAUCACAUUCACAGUGCGCGACACAAAAGAUCAUUUCAUCAAUUGUACGGUUUGGGGCCAGGACCAAUACAUCGAUGUGUGUGCACGUGUCCACAAAAUUGGUGACAUCAUCUCUAUCUACACGCCAAAGGUUCAGCAGAAAAACAACGGCAGUGAAUAUCAUCCGCGGACAACGUCACCAUUCGAAUUGACUGUGAGCGAAGGCAAAGCGUACAUUCAUCGGGUUAACGAACAAUCGGACGAUUUACUUCGGCUUCAAUGCCUAGCAGUUAAACCUACGAGUCUAGCGUUGAAGUUAAACGACCUGAACUUCUACUCCGAUUCAAAGGUUCUAUCUGUCGAUGUGGUUGUUUUGGUGAAAUCUAUUGAGCCGGCGCGUCAAGUUCAAACAAAAUUCGGCGUUAAAACCAUGCGUAAAGUAUACCUGAUGGACAUGACAACAGAAUCGAUUUCGAUGACCGUAUGGCACGCUGAGUAUCAAGAGCGAAUGGAUCAAUGGAAGCCACUGGAAACGGUAUUACAUUUGGUCGAUGUUCGAGCCGAAUACUCAGAGUUCGAGCGUUCAACGGUACUUUCGGUGACAUCAAAAACGAUUAUCGUGGAAAAUCCGAUGUAUUCAUCACGGUCCAAUGAAAUUUUGGUCUACCUUCAUGAAUUGGAUGCGGAAAAAUUCAACGAAUUGAAGAGCAAUCAACCGAAAGCAGUGGUCAAUGCGGCUACAAUCAAAGAUGUGAUGACAGUUAAGGGCAUCCUAAAUGCCAUCGAACGUGAUCCCAGCAAAGAGAUUUCGGCCAUUGUUUACGGUGUAAUCACGAAAUUCGACAUCACCAGUGGUGUGGUGAAAAGUUGUGUCCAUUGCAAGCGCAUGUUGCUCCGAAAUCGCAACGAAUGUGGAACAGCCAGCUGUGAGACUUCAACGACAAAUGGGCCACGAUAUAUUGAUAAAAUUUUCAUGGCCGUUUCGGUGGCUGACCAUUCUGGUACAUUGAACUGUCGAAUCAACGAUGAAUAUGCUGUGAACAUUCUUGGCCACACAGCACAACAGCUUAAAGCAUUGCCAGACGACGAUGUCAAUGCCAUUUUCGAGAAUUUCAUGCUGCAACGGUUCGCUGUUAAAAUGAUCGUUCGGCCAAAAUCACAAACGGAAUACUUUGCAAGCAUUUUGAGCAUCGCAACAGAACCACCCAAAGAUGUGGCUAAGGCAUUGAAACUUUGAAGAGGUUUUGAGCUUUUUUUAACAAUUUUUUUUUUGACUUUUUUCCGUUUUUGAAAAGAAGAGUAGAAACGUCCAUUUUUCAAAGGAUUCAGCAGACAAUUCUAAUCCGAUGAGUUAAGUUACCAACAAAAGCUGUACUAAAAUAAGAGAUAAAAUCUAUCGAUUGAAGAGAAACAAAAUACUGUACGGAAUUUCAUUCUUUAUUUUGAAUAAACCAUGUUGAACGAUGACACUUUA